UAGAACUUGAUUGAAUUGAGUAUGAUAUGUGAAGGUUCCACCUUUACUAUGUGUUUGGCCCUUUACAACAUCCUUAAUUCAUGGCCUUCUCAGGAACCCACUUAAUAAUUAGCUGAAUUCAUCCAAUUUCCAGCUUAUUUCCUUCCAUUUUGCCUUCACCAGUUAAUGAAAUGUCCUAGUGCACCAAAAGAUCAUUUUGUCUUUAUCACUUAUAAAAACUCCAUAUAAAGAGACUAUCUUCUCACACUUCAAAUCAGAAGAUUUUCAACCAAAUAUGGCAAUACGUGAGACAUAUAUGAGAGUUUCAGCUCCAUUGCUGGCCUAUCACUUGAUGUGUCUCUUUGGAGUUAUUGCUGAGAGUAAUUUCUAUGAAGACAUUGCCAUCACUUGGGGUGAACAAGAUGGUCUGAAGAUACUAGAUAGCAACUUUCUCAUGCUUUCUCUAGACCAGUUGUCUGGCUCUGGCUUCCGAUCCAAGGCAGAAUAUCUGUAUGGAAGAAUAGACAUGCAGAUUAAGCUUGUCUCUGGUAACUCAGCUGGCACAGUCACUGCAUAUUAUUUAUCUUCAGAAGGGCCAAAUCAUGAUGAGAUAGAUUUUGAGUUCCUGGGAAACAUCACUGGAGAGCCCUACAUAGUCCACACAAAUAUCUACACCCAAGGUAUAGGCAAUAGAGAACAGCAAUUCUAUCUUUGGUUUGACCCCACAAAACAUUUCCACACUUACACAAUUUUAUGGAACCCUCAACGCAUCAUUUUUUUGGUAGAUAACAUCCCUAUUAGAGUCUUCAACAACUAUGAAUCCAGGGGAGUUCCAUUUGCUAGCAACCAGCCCAUGAGGCUGUACUCCAGUCUAUGGUGUGCAGAUCAGUGGGCAACAAGAGGAGGGCUUGCGAAAACCAAUUGGUCCUAUGCUCCUUUCAAAGCUUACUAUAGGAAUUUUGAUGCUAACGCAUGUGUGUGGUCCAAAGGAUCAUCUUCCUGUCCUUCAAACUCAGUUGCCACUACUCAUAAUAAUACUUGGCAAGUUCAUGAUUUGGAUGCUUAUGGUAGAAGAAGUCUGAGAUGGGUGCAAAAGUAUUACAUGAUUUAUAACUACUGCAAAGAUUACAAGCGAUUUCUUCAAGGUCGACCUCGUGAAUGCAAGAGCUUUCUUGAUUCUCUUGAGUGUGGGAUAAGUAAUUUUAGAUUAUUUGAUUCUUUUAGUUUGUGUAUUCAAAUGUUCCACUCAAAUACACGGUUGAAUUUGAGUUUAACUUAAUUUACUUUUUCUUGGUUGAACUGAUAACUGUAUUUGUUUAUU